CUGCAGAUACCCAUUAUUUCUGCAUAGAUGAUGAACUUGUAUAUGAGAACUUCUAUGCAGACUUUGGACCACUCAAUCUGGCAAUGGUCUACAGAUAUUGCUGCAAACUAAACAAGAAAUUAAAGUCAUUUUCAUUGAUAAGGAAGAAAAUAGUUCAUUAUACUGGCUUUGAUCAGAAAAAACAAGCAAAUGCUGCAUUCCUCAUAGGCUCCUAUACAAUAAUAUAUCUGAGGGAAUCCCCAGAAGAUGUGUACAGGCUUUUAUUGGCUGGAAGUGUUUCGUAUCUUCCUUUCAGGGAUGCUUCCUUUGGUACUUGCAGCUUUCAUCUCACGUUGCUGGACUGUUUUCAUGCAAUAAACAAGGCUUUGCAAUAUGGAUUCCUGGAUUUCAACACAUUUGAUGUAAAUGAAUAUGAGCAUUAUGAAAGAGCAGAAAAUGGAGAUUUUAACUGGAUAAUACCAAACAAAUUCAUUGCCUUCAGUGGACCUCAUUCAAGAAGUAAAAUUGAAAAUGGCUAUCCCCACCAUGCUCCAGAGGCUUAUUUCCCAUACUUCAGGAAACAUAAGGUCACUACCAUAAUACGCCUUAACAGAAAACUGUAUGAUGCCAAACGAUUUACAGAUGCUGGAUUUGAGCAUUUUGACCUCUUCUUUGCUGAUGGAAGCACACCUAGUGAUACUAUAGUUAAAUCAUUUCUAAAUAUUUGUGACAAUGCAGAAGGUGUUAUAGCUGUUCACUGCAAAGCUGGUCUUGGACGGACCGGGACACUUAUUGCCUGUUACAUUAUGAAGCAUUAUCGGAUGACAGCUGCUGAAGCUAUUGGCUGGAUUAGAAUAAACAGACCUGGUUCAGUGAUUGGACCACAACAGCACUUCCUGGUGGAUAAACAGGCAGAACUUUGGACAGAAGGGGAUAUUUUCCGUGCAAAGUUGAAAGGAAACCAUAAAAUUGUUGUCACAAGAAUCCUGUCAGGAGUAGAUGAUAUUUCAAUUAAUGGAAGGAGAAACAGGAGAACCAUCCAAAAGGACAUUGAACUGUACAGUGAUGAAGAUGAAACAAACUGUUUAACACAAGGUGACAAGCUUCGUGCUCUGAAAAGUAGAAGGCAAUCAAAAGUUCCAACUGUGUCUCCGCUAACAGUAAUUCUGCAGUCCAGUGUUCAGAAAAAUAAAACCUCUGAACCUAGCAUUUCUGACAGUAGAGACAGUACUAAGAGAACUACCAGGUCUGCUGCAAGAAAAAACAAUUUAAAAAGCAGCCAAUCCGUUCCAAGGACUAGAACAGUGUUGCGUUAAAUUUCAAAUAAGCAACCAGUGUUGAAGAGGAUAUUCAGGAAUGAAGGGGAUAUGUCUAGAGAGGACUUGAUGCAGUUCAAGGAAGAUUAUUUUGAUUCCAUUUUUCAUCAGAAGAGAAACACUUGUAGAAUAAAAUGAACUAUC